AUGGUCUUGUACCUCGCCGCUGCCGUCGUCGUAGGAUUCGCCCUCGUCCGUCAACUCUCCCUUUAUCUCGCACGGCGGCGCAUCAUCAAGGAGAACGGCUGCGAACCAUGUCCGCAUGUGUACAACAAGGACCCUUUCCUAGGCAUCGAUGUGCUGCGCGACCAACUCAGGAGGAGCCGUGAGUGUACCAUACUGGAAGGCAACCAGCAGCGCUUUCAGAACUUCCGGUCAAAUACGUUCCAUUCGCGCAUGGUAACCAUGCCUUUGAUCGUGACCAUUGAGCCAGAGAACGUCAAGACCAUCCUGAGUCUCAAGUUCAAGGACUACAGUUUUGGGGCGCGGUACACGGCCCUGACGCCCCUGCUCGGCGAAGGCAUCUUCAACUCGGAUGGCAUGAGGUGGGCCAACUCGCGUCACCUGCUCCGGCCCAAUUUUGCGCGCGACCAGGUCGCCGACUUGGACAGCUUCGAGCGGCAUUUCAAGUUGCUGCUCAAGCACAUACCCAAGGACGGAUCCCCGGUGGACCUGCAGGAUCUCUUCUUCCGCAUGACCAUUGAUACGGCGACGGAAUUCCUCUUCAACCAUUCGACGAACAGCCUGCGCAUGUUUGGCCAAAACGAGGAGGCGAAUGAGGACGCCAUUUUCGCCAAAGCCUUCAACUACGCCCAGGCCGACGUCUUGACGCGUCUUCGCUUUGGGCCUCUGUACCGCUUCUUCGGCAACACCAGGGAUGGCGAGGAAGCCAUCCGCAUCUGCCAUGCCUAUGUGGACAAGUGGGUCGAUGAUGCGGUGCGCUGGCGUCAGCAGCAGGAUGCUGAGAGCGCCGCCGCCGCAGGGGAGCCCAAGAAGCACAAGGAGGAGCGUUAUGUCUUCAUCCACGAAUUGGCCAAGCAGACGCAAGACAAGAAACGGAUCCGCGAUGAGCUCAUCAAUAUCUUGCUUGCUGGUAGAGACACCACAGCGAGCUUGCUGAGCAACAUGUUCUUCGAGGUUGCCAAGAGGCCGGAUAUCUGGCAGAAGAUGAGGGAAGAGGUGGCCGUGUUGCAAGGCCGCAUGCCGACGUAUGAGGAGCUGAGGGGGUUGAAAUAUGUAAAGUGGUGCUUGAACGAGUCCCUACGUAUUCACCCUGUUGUGCCCGGAAACUCGCGUUACGCCAUCCGCGAUACCGUCCUGCCCUGCGGCGGCGGCAAAGAUGGUCAGUCUCCACUCUUUGUGCCUCGCGGCACUGUAGUAGCAUACAGUCCUUAUGCCAUGCACCGCCGGACCGACAUCUAUGGCCCUGACGCCAAUGAGUAUCGUCCCGAGCGUUGGGAGAAGUUGCGACCCGGAUGGGAGUAUCUGCCCUUCAAUGGCGGCCCCCGCAUCUGCUUGGGACAGCAAUAUGCUUUGACCGAGGCAAGCUUCGUGACGGUGCGCUUGGUCCAGGAGUUUGAAAGGUUGGAAAGUAGGGAUCCAAAUGGUGGCGUCUGGCAGGAGAGCUUGACCUUGACGUGCUGCUCAAAGAAUGGAACCAAAGUGGGCUUGUUCCCAGCGACAGGGGUAGCGUGA